UCUCGCCGGCGACGGCGCUGCGUCACGGACCUUUGGGCGCCGCGCUCCCGAGACUGCGGCCGCUGCGGCCUAGGCGCUGGCGUCCCGCGCCCGAACCCUGGUUGGCGGCGGGAUGAGGCGCAGUAAGGCCGACGUGGAGCGGUAUAUCGCCUCGGUACAGGGCUCUGCCCCGUCUCCCCGGGAGAAGUCAAUGAAAGGAUUCUAUUUUGCAAAGCUGUAUUACGAAGCUAAAGAAUAUGAUCUUGCUAAAAAAUAUAUAUCUACAUACAUUAAUGUGCAAGAAAGGGAUCCCAAAGCUCACAGAUUUCUCGGCCUUCUUUACGAAGUGGAGGAAAACAUAGAGAAAGCGGUUGAAUGUUAUAAGCGUUCAGUGGAAUUAAACCCAACACAAAAAGAUCUUGUGUUGAAGAUUGCAGAAUUGCUCUGUAAAAAUGAUGUUAGUGAUGGAAGAACUAAAUACUGGGUUGAAAGAGCAGCUAAACUUUUUCCAGGAAGUCCUGCAAUUUAUAAACUAAAGGAGCAACUUUUAGAUUGUAAAGGUGAAGAUGGAUGGAAUAAACUUUUCGACUUGAUUCAGUCAGAACUUUAUGCAAGACCUGAUGAUGUCCACAUGAACAUCCGACUAGUAGAGCUGUAUCGCUCGAACAAUAGACUGAAGGAUGCUGUGGCCCACUGCCACCAGGCAGAGAGAAACACAGCCUUGCGUUCAAGUUUAGAGUGGAAUUCCUGUGUUGUACAGACCCUUAAGGAAUAUCUGGAAUCUUCACAGUGUUUGGAGUCUGAUAAAAGUAACUGGCGAGCAACCAAUCAGGACUUACUUCUAGCCUAUGCUAACCUUAUGCUUCUCACGCUGUCCACGAGAGAUGUGCACGAGAGCAGGGAAUUACUGGAGAGUUUUGAUAGUGCUCUUCAGUCUGUGAAACCUUGUGUGGGUGGAAAUGAUGAACUCUCAGCUACUUUCUUCGAAGUGAGAGGACAUUUCUACAUGCAUGCUGGUUCUCUGCUUUUGAAGAUGGGUCAGCAUAGUGACGUGCAGUGGCGAGCGCUCUCUGAGCUGGCUGUGUUGUGCUAUCUCAUAGCCUUUCAGGUUCCAAGACCAAAGAUUAAAUUUAUUAAAGGAGAAGCUGGACAAAAUCUACUGGAAAUGAUGGCCUGUGAUCGUCUGAGCCAAUCAGGGCAUAUGCUGCUAAACUUAAGUCGUGACAAGCAAGACUUUUUAAAAGAGGUUGUAGAAUCCUUUGCCAAUGAAAGUGGGCAGUCUGCUUUAUAUGAAGCUCUGUUUUCUAGUCAGUCACCUAAGGAUAGAUCUUUCCUUGGUAGCGAUGAUAUUGGAAACCUUGAUGUACAAGCACCAGAUCCUGAGGAUUUGGCUCGAUAUGAUGUUGGUGCCAUUCGAGCACAUAAUGGUAGUCUUCAGCACCUCACCUGGCUUGGCUUACAAUGGAAUUCAUUGCCUGCCUUACCUGCAAUUCGAAAAUGGCUAAAACAGCUUUUUCAUCAUUUGCCCCAGGAAACCUCAAGACUUGAAACAAAUGCACCUGAAUCAAUAUGUAUUUUAGAUCUUGAAGUAUUUCUACUUGGAGUAAUAUAUACCAGCCACUUACAAUUAAAGGAGAAAUGUAAUUCUCACUACAGCUUUUAUCAGCCUCUGUGCUUGCCACUUCCUGUGUGUAAACAGCUUUGCACAGAAAGACAGAAAUCUUGGUGGGAUGCAGUUUGUAAUCUAAUCCACAGAAAAGCAAUACCUGGAACCUCAGCAAAAUUGCGACUUCUAGUUCAGCAUGACAUGAACACUCUAAGGGGCCAGGAAAAACAUGGCCUUCAGCCUGCUCUACUUGUGCACUGGGCAAAGUGCCUUCAGAAAACGGGCAGUGGUCUUAAUUCUUUUUAUGAUCAACGAGAAUACAUAGGCAGAAGUGUUCAUUACUGGAAGAAGGUUUUGCCAUUGUUGAAGAUACUCAGAAAGAAGAGCAGUAUCCCUGAACCUAUUGACCCUCUGUUUAAACAUUUUCAUAGUGCAGACAUUCAGGUAUCUGAAAUGGGUGAAUAUGAAGAGGAAGCACACAUAACAUGUGCUAUAUUGGAUGCAGUUAAUGGGAAUAUAGACGAUGCUGUGGCUGCUUUUGAAUCUAUUAAUAAUGUCGUUUCUUAUUGGAAUCUUGCACUGAUUUUUCACAGAAAAGCAGAAGACAUUGAAAAUGAUGCACUUUCUUCUGAAGAACAGGAAGAAUGCAAAAAUUACCUGAGAAAGACCAGAGACUACCUGAUAAAGAUUUUAGAUGACAGUGAUUCAGAUCUCUCAGUGGUUAAGAAAUUGCCCGUGCCCCUGGAAUCUGUAAAAGAGAUGCUUAAUUUAGUCAUGCAGGAGCUCGAUGACUUCAGUGAAGCAGGGCCUCUUUAUAGAAAUGGUUCUUUGCGAAAUGCAGAUUCAGAAAUAAAACAUUCUACACCGUCUCCCACCAAAUACUCUCUAUCACCAAAUAAAAGUUACAAGUAUUCUCCCAAAACACCACCUCCAUGGGCAGAAGAUCAAAAUUCUUUAUUGAAAAUGAUCUGCCAACAAGUAGAGGCCAUUAAGAAAGAAAUGCAGGAGUUGAAACUAAAUAGCAGUAACUCAGGGUCCCCUCAUCGUUGGCCUACAGAGAAUUAUGGACCAGAUUCAGUGCCUGAUGGAUAUCAGGGGUCACAGAAUUUUCAUGGGGCCCCACUAACAGUUGCAACUACUGGCCAUUCAAUGUAUUAUAGUCAGUCACCAGCAUAUAAUUCCCAGUAUCUACUCAGACCAGCAGCUAAUGUUACUCCCACAAAGGGACCAGUUUAUGGCAUGAAUAGGCUUCCACCUCAGCAGCCUGUCUACACCUACCCACAGCAGAUGCACACACCACCAGUGCAGAGUUCGUCUGCUUGUAUGUUCUCUCAAGAGAUGUAUGGUCCCCCAUUGCGUUUUGAGUCUCCUGCAACAGGGAUUCUAUCACCUAGGGGUGAUGAUUACUUUAAUUACAAUGUUCAACAGACAAGCACAAAUCCACCUUUGCCAGAACCAGGUUAUUUUACAAAACCUCCAGUUGCAGCUCAUGCUUCAAGAUCUGCAGAAUCUAAGGUUAUGGAAUUUGGAAAACCCAAUUUUGUCCAGCCCGUGCCAGGUGAAGGCAUGGGGCCAUCUUUGGCAGCACCUGUGCGUACAUCACAGCCAACUCCUUUUAAAUUUAAUUCAAAUUUCAAAUCAAAUGAUGGCGACUUCACGUUUUCCUCACCGCAGGUUGUGGCACAGCCCCCUUCUACGACUUACACUAAUAGUGAAAGCCUUUUAGGUCUCCUGACUUCAGACAGACCUUUGCAAGGAGAUAGCUACAGUGGACCAAAAGCUGCUCAGACCAUUGGACCUCGAAAUACAUUCAAUUUUGGAAGCAAAAAUGUGUCUGGAAUUUCAUUUACUGAAAACAUGGGCCCAAAUCAGCAAAAGAAUUCUGGUUUUCGACGCAGUGAUGAUAUGUUUACUUUCCACGGUCUAGGGAAAUCAGUGUUUGGAACGCCUGCCGCAGAGCCGGCCAACAAGAGUCUUGACACUGAUGGGGGUAGUGCGCAUGGGGAUGAGGACGACGACGGCCCUCACUUUGAGCCAGUGGUGCCUCUUCCCGAUAAGAUUGAAGUGAGAACUGGUGAGGAGGAUGAGGAAGAGUUCUUCUGCAAUCGUGCCAAGCUGUAUCGUUUUGAUGCGGGAUCAAGAGAAUGGAAGGAGCGUGGAAUUGGCAACGUAAAGAUACUAAGGCACAAAACCUCCGGUAAAAUCCGCCUACUGAUGAGACGCGAGCAAGUGUUGAAAAUCUGUGCAAAUCACUACAUCAGCCCAGACAUGGCCCUGGCGCCUAACGCCGGCUCAGACAGGUCCUUUGUGUGGUACGCUCUGGACUAUGCAGACGAGUCACCCAAACCAGAACAGCUUGCUAUUAGAUUCAAGACACCUGAGGAGGCAGCACUUUUUAAGUGCAAGUUUGAAGAGGCCCAGAGCAUGUUAAAAGCCUCAGGAGCAAACAGAGCCACAACCUCCAGUCAGGCUACGAGAACUGUAAAAGAACCCACAGGUCCUGACAAUAAGGAUAUUGGCAAAUCUGCUGCCGGAAGCAUGAACUUUGAAUUUCAGGUUGCAAAGAAAGAAGGGUCUUGGUGGCAUUGUAACAGCUGCUCAUUAAAGAACGCCGCAACUGCUGAGAAGUGUGUAUCCUGCCAAAAUCUAAACCCAAGCAGUAAAGAGCUCCUUGGCUCACCAUUAGUUGAAACUGUUUCCACUCCUAAACCUGGCUCAGAAAAUACUCCAGAUAGAUUUGCAUUGAUGACUCCAAAGAAAGAAGGUCACUGGGAUUGUAGUAUUUGUUUAAUAAGAAAUGAACCCACUGUAUCUAGAUGCAUUGCAUGUCAGAAUACAAGGUCUGCUAACAAAAGUGGAUCUUCAUUUGUUCAGCAGCCUUCCUUUAAAUUUGGCCAGGGAGAUCUUCCUAAGUCUGCCAGCAGUGAUUUCAGAUCUGUUUUUUCAAUAAAGGAAGGACAGUGGGAUUGCAGCGUUUGCUUGGUACAAAAUGAAGGAAGUUCUGCAAAAUGUAUGGCUUGUCAGAAUCCAAGAAAACAGAGUUUUCCUGCUUCUGCUGUCCCAGCACCUGCCUCUUUUAAGUUUGGUGCUUCAGAGAUAAGCAAGGCUCCAAAGAGUGGAUUUGAAGGAGUUUUCGCCAAGAAGGAAGGACAGUGGGAUUGCAGUUUGUGCUUAGUGCGAAAUGAGGCAAGUGAGGCCGUGUGUGUGGCUUGUCAGAAUCCACCCGCUUCUGCUGCUGCAGCACCUGCGUCUUCAGAGACAAGCAAGGCUCCAAACAGUGGACUUGAAGGGAUGUUCACCAAGAAGGAAGGACAGUGGGAUUGCAGCGUUUGUUUGGUACGAAAUGAAGGAAGUUCUACAAAAUGUGUGGCUUGUCAGAAUCCAAGAAAACAGAGUUCACCUGCUUCUGCUGUCCCAGCACCUGCCUCUUUCAAGUUUGGCGCUUCAGAGACAAGCAAGGCUCCAAACAGUGGACUUGAAGGGAUGUUCACCAAGAAGGAAGGACAGUGGGAUUGCAGCAUUUGUUUGGUACGAAAUGAAGGAAGUUCUACAAAAUGUGUGGCUUGUCAGAAUCCAAGAAAACAGAGUUUACCUGCUUCUGCUGUCCCAGCACCUGCCUCUUGCACGUUUGGCGCUUCAGAGACAAGCAAGACUCCAAACAGUGGACUUGAAGGGAUGUUCACCAAGAAGGAAGGACAGUGGGAUUGCAGCGUUUGCUUUGUGCGAAAUGAGAGUUCUUCCUUAAAAUGUGUGGCUUGUGAUGGUUCUAAACCAGCCCAUAAACCUGUUGCAGAAGAACCUUCAGCUUUCACUUUGGGCUCAACAACUAAGGCAAAUGACUCUUCUGAAAGUCAGGUGGGAACAGGAUUUAAAAGUAACUUUUCAGAAAAAGCUUUUAAGUUUGGCAAUGCAGAACAAGGAUUUAAAUUUGGGCGUGUGGAUCAAGAAAAUGCACCUUCAUUUACAUUUCAGAGUUCUUCUAAUACAGACUCUAAGUCAACAAAAGAAGGAUUUAGUUUUUCUGUCCCUGUGUCUGCUGACGGGUUUAAAUUUGGCAUUCAGGAGCCGGGAAGUCAGGGGAGGAAGAGUGAAAAGCCCUUUGGAAAUGACGCUGGUUGUCAGGCUCAGGAUGCUGGUGGUCAGAAAGACGGGAGUGCUGUGGUUCUUGGUCAAACUGGCAGCACUUUUACAUUUGCAGAUCUUGCAAAAUCAAAUUCAGGAGAAGGGUUUCAGUUUGGCAAAAAAGACCCCAAUUUCAAGGGCUUUUCGGGUGCUGGAGAGAAGUUAUUCUCAUCACAAAGUAGUAAAAUGGCUGAUAAAGCCGACCCUUGUGCUGACCUUGAGAAAGAUGAUGACGCCGAUAAGACUGAGGACAGUGACGAUAUCCAUUUUGAACCAGUCGUCCAGAUGCCUGAGAAAGUGGAGCUUGUCACAGGAGAAGAAGAUGAGAAAGUUCUUUACUCACAGCGGGUAAAAUUGUUUAGGUUUGAUGCUGAGAUAAGUCAGUGGAAAGAAAGGGGUUUGGGGAACUUAAAAAUUCUCAAAAAUGAAGUUAAUGGCAAACUGAGAAUGCUGAUGCGGAGAGAGCAGGUGCUGAAGGUGUGUGCCAACCACUGGAUCACCACCACCAUGCACCUGAAGCCCCUCUCCGGGUCGGACAGGGCCUGGAUGUGGUUGGCUAGUGAUUUUUCUGAUGGCGAUGCCAAACUAGAGCAGCUGGCAGCAAAAUUCAAAACACCCGAGCUGGCUGAAGAAUUCAAACAGAAAUUUGAGGAAUGCCAGCGACUUCUGUUAGAUAUUCCACUGCAGACUCCCCAUAAGCUUGUGGAUACUGGCAGAGCUGCCAAGUUAAUCCAGAGGGCGGAAGAGAUGAAGAGCGGACUAAAAGAUUUCAAGACGUUUUUGACGAAUGAUCAAACAAAAGUCACUGACGAAGAGAGUAAGAGUUCAGGAGCGGGAGCUGCCAGUGCUGCAGAUGCGAGCGGCAUGCCAAAUCCUGAGACCACCGGGCCCACCCUAGAGUGGGACAGCUACGACCUAAGGGAAGAUGCUCUGGAUGACAGUGUGAGUAGCAGCUCAGUGCACGCCUCCCCGCUGGCCAGCAGCCCCGUGAGGAAAAAUCUCUUCCGCUUCGGUGAGUCAACCACUGGGUUUAACUUCAGUUUUAAAUCUGCUUUGAGUCCGUCUAAGUCUCCUGCCAAGUUGAAUCAGAGUGGGGCCUCAGUGGGCACAGAUGAAGACUCUGAUGUCACUCAGGAGGAGGAGAGAGAUGGACAGCACUUUGAACCCGUCGUACCUUUGCCUGAUCUAGUCGAGGUGUCCAGUGGUGAGGAAAAUGAACAAGUUGUUUUUAGUCACAGAGCCAAACUCUAUAGGUAUGAUAAAGAUGCUGGGCAGUGGAAAGAAAGAGGCAUUGGCGACAUAAAGAUUUUACAGAAUUAUGAUAAUAAGCAAGUUCGCAUAGUGAUGAGAAGGGACCAGGUAUUAAAGCUUUGUGCCAACCACAGAAUAACUCCAGACAUGACUUUGCAAAAUAUGAAAGGGACAGAAAGAGUGUGGGUGUGGACCGCAUGUGAUUUUGCAGACGGAGAAAGAAAAGUAGAGCAUUUAGCUGUCCGUUUUAAACUACAGGAUGUUGCAGACUCGUUUAAGAAAAUAUUUGAUGAAGCAAAAAUAGCCCAAGAAAAAGAUUUUUUGAUAACACCUCAUGUUUCUCGUUCGACCACUCCCAGAGAGUCACCCUGCGGCAAAGUCGCCGUAGCUGUGCUAGAGGAAACCACCAGAGAACGGACGGAUUCAGCACAGGGUGAUGACGCGGCAGGUGCAACCUCAGAAGUUGGCGGGGUGUCUGGCACACCUGAAACGACAACAAAAGCAGUGGUUUCACCUCCAAAGUUUGUAUUUGGUUCUGAGUCUGUUAAAAGCAUUUUUAGCAGUGAAAAGUCAAAACCAUUUGCAUUUGGCAACAGUUCAGCUACUGGGUCUUUGUUUGGAUUUAGUUUUAAUGCACCUUUGAAAAAUAACAGUAGUGAGGCCAGUUCAGCAGCCCAGAGUGGAUCUGAAAAAAGAGCGGAGCCUGGUGGUCACCAAGAGUCGCAGAGCUCUGAUCUCACACCGUCUUACGACAGCAAAGUCAAAAACUCCUCUCCUGCUUUUCCAAAGGAGCAGUCCUCAACCAGUCACACGUUUAAAACACCAGAAAAGGGGUUUAAUUUUAGCCUUUUUAAAUCUAAUCCAAUGGCAUUUUGGAGCAGCACUCCUUCCUCCCAGCCUGAGAACAAAGUGGAAGAGAAGAAAAAGCCUGAAGAUGUUCCCUCAGAUGACGAUGUUCUCAUUGUGUAUGAGCUGACCCCGACCCCUGAGCAAAAAGCUCUUGCAAGCAAACUUCAGCUUCCUCCCACUUUCUUCUGUUACAAGAACAGGCCAGACUACGUCAGCGAAGAGGAGGAGGACGAUGAAGAUUUUGACACAGCUGUCAAGAAGCUUAAUGGAAAACUAUAUUUGGAUGACUCAGAAGAAUGUAGACCGUUAGAAGAAAAUCUAACAGAUAAUGAGAAAGAAUGUAUUAUUAUUUGGGAAAAGAAACCAACAGUUGAAGAAAAGGCAAAAGCAGAUACGUUAAAGCUUCCACCUACAUUUUUUUGUGGAGUCUGCAGUGACACUGACGAGGACAAUGGAAGUGGGGAAGACUUUCAAUCGGAGCUUCACAAAGUUCAGGAAGCUCAAAAAUCCCAGAAUGAGGACAUAACUAGCACGGCUGACAGUGUGUGUACAGAUGGUAGUAAAGUGACUGUACCAUUUUUGUAUAAAUAUGAAGAACCAGAGUUUACUACCAAAUCUAUUAGUUCACCACCUGUUUCUUCUGAAACUGCCGAUAAACCUGUGGAUUUAUCUACUAGAAAGCAAAAUGAUGCAGAUUCUACAAGUCAAGUGGAAAGCAAAACAGUUUCAUUUGGAUUUGGAAGUAGCACAGGGCUGUCAUUUGCAGACUUGGCUUCCAGUAAUUCUGGGGAUUUUGCUUUUGGGUCCAAAGAUAAAAAUUUCCAGUGGGCAAACACUGGAGCAGCUGUGUUCGGAGCACAGUCAACCAGUAAAGUUGGCGAAGAUGAAGAUGGUAGUGAUGAAGAGGUAGUUCAUAAUGAAGAUAUCCAUUUUGAACCAAUAGUGUCAUUACCAGAGGUAGAAGUAAAAUCUGGAGAAGAAGAUGAAGAAAUUUUAUUUAAAGAGAGAGCCAAACUUUACAGGUGGGAUCGAGAGGCCAGUCAGUGGAAGGAGCGUGGGGUUGGAGACAUGAAGAUCCUCUGGCACACGAUGAAGAAUUACUACCGGGUCCUCAUGAGAAGAGACCAGGUGCUCAAAGUGUGUGCAAACCAUGUCAUCACCAGAACAAUGGAACUGAAACCCUUGAAUGUUUCCAACAAUGCUUUAGUUUGGACUGCCUCAGAUUAUGCUGAUGGAGAAGCCAAAGUGGAACAGCUUGCAGUGAGAUUUAAAACUAAAGAAAUGGCUGAUUGUUUUAAGAAAAAAUUUGAAGAAUGUCAACAGAAUUUAUUGAAACUCCAGGAAGAACAGGUAUCACCGAGAGCAAAGGAGACAAAUCCUGUGGUGUUUUUUGAUGUUUGCGCAGAUGAUGAGCCUCUGGGACGUAUAACCAUGGAAUUAUUUUCAAACAUUGUUCCUCAAACUGCUGAGAACUUCAGAGCACUGUGCACUGGAGAGAAGGGCUUUGGUUUCAAGAACUCCAUUUUUCACAGAGUGAUUCCAGAUUUCGUUUGCCAAGGGGGAGAUAUCACCAAACACGAUGGAACAGGAGGACGGUCCAUUUAUGGAGAUAAAUUUGAAGAUGAAAAUUUUGAUGUGAAACAUACCAGUCCUGGCUUACUAUCCAUGGCCAAUCGAGGCAAGGAUACCAAUAAUUCUCAAUUUUUCAUAACACUGAAAAAAGCAGAGCAUUUGGACUUUAAGCAUGUAGUAUUUGGGUUUGUUAAAGAUGGCAUGGAUACUGUGAAAAAGAUUGAAUCAUUUGGUUCUCCUAAAGGGUCUGUUAGUCGAAGAAUUAUUAUCACAGAAUGUGGACAGAUAUAAAAUCAUUGUUUUUCAUAGUAGAUUUUACCUGUAUAAACAGUUGAAUUGAAGCCUAGCUGUUAUGACAACAUGGUAAUUAUGUUCAGCUUUUGAAAAUGGACAUUUCCAAUGUAUAAAUGUAAAAUUGCAGCUUAUAGCUGUUGUCACUUUUUAAUGUGUUAUAAUUGACCUUGCAUGGUGUGAAAUAAAAGUUUAAACACUGGUGUAUUUCAGGUGUACUUGUGUUUAUGUACUCCUGACAUAUUUGUAUUAAAAUGGAGUAAUACUAAUCUUGUUAAAAGCAAUAGACCUUCUCAAACUAUUGAAGGAAUAUGAUAUAUGCAAUUUAACUUUAGUUUCUUCUGAGAUAUUAGACUUCCUGCAUGGAUAUACUUACUGUUUGGAUAAAGGGACCAUGACUUGGAUAGUUUUUAUUUCAGAUUUGGAAUAUAUUUGGUAAUUUUCACUAUUGGUGUGCUCAUUUAUGAAUAAAGAUUCACUUGUGAGUGGGUAGAGCCAGAGGGUAGAGACUUAACCAAAGUGCUCUUCUAUCAAUUCUUGCACCUCCUGUAUAGCUAACAGAGUACCUUCUUUCCUUAAAAUGUUAUGUAGCUUCCUGUGCUCUUCCCAAUUAAUUUUUACAUUUUAAGUAAGUUGAGUAUUUAGACUUUUUAAAAAACCUGUCAUCUGUUUCUACUACCUCAAACUGCAUUUGGUUCUGAUAGAACUUGAAUUUUUCCUUGCAGUUAUUGUGAUAAAGUAUGAGUAUUUUAAAAAGGUCUAUACCAUGUUCUUUGGUUAAAGAUUUGGUUUAUACUAGAUUGUUGCAGUACCUUUUUCUGGUGAAUUUUGUAGCAAAAAUAAAGUGACAAUUGUUAACAGCCAUGACAUUUAAAAUAUUCA